GAACAUUUAUAAAAGGACCAAACUGGUGUGGUUUGAUGAGCAUUUAUUAGGCACUAUGUCUAUAUUAUAAAUGUACUGCUAGUGUUGCCUCCCUUACGUUUUGUUGUUUAACGCCACAAGUGUUGUUGCAUUGUAAACAAUAUGACAGAAGGGAGACAACUCUAACUGACUUUAGUCACAGUUUCUGACCGAGACCUUGGGGGACACACAACCGAUUGGGAGGAUAUUGCACGUGUGUGAACGCACGCGUACUUGGGGCUAUAGAAGACGACACUCGAUUGGUCGGUUGGGAUGAAAGCCGUCAUUUGACUGGUGUUAAAAUCUGCCAUUUGAUUAUUUUUAGCUAAGAGUUAAUAUUUUAUUUGUUGCUGAAAGAGGUCGAUAGAUUUGAUUGGCUCGUAUUGGAUUGCCAGUAUGUGGACGAAAGUACUUGCUGUAUUGGUGGGCUUGGUGGCGGGACUCUGGUGGUUCCAAGGUUUCGAUGAAGGGGUCAUCCGAGGUCAGCGCGUGCUGGUGACGGGAGCCUCGACGGGAAUAGGUGAGCAGCUGGCCUAUCAUUAUGCACGCAUGGGCGCUAGUGUUAUGGUAACGGCGCGACGGACAAAGAGGCUGCAAGAGGUCGUGGCAAGAUGUCGAGAGCUUGGAAGCCCGAACGCCACAUUCGGCUACGUCGUUGGUGACAUGUCCAAUCUGUCUUUCACGAAGGAUCUGAUCAGGGAGUCCACAGAGAGGAUGGGAGGCCUAGACUAUCUAGUGUUGAACCAUAUCCUGACCCAAGAUCUCCAUUUCUGGAGCGGUAACGACGAAGAUAUGGCUUACUUAGACAAGGUGUUUGAGGUGAACUUCAAGGCUUACGUACAUCUGGCAUCGCACGCUCUUCCCGAAUUGGAGAAGUCUGGCGGUCAUGUAGUUGUUCUGUCAUCAUUCGCAGGUAAAUCGGCCCCGCCAUUCUCUGUCUCUUACGCCGCUACUAAGUACGCACUGGGCGGGUUUUUUAGUGGACUUAGGCAGGAACUAAGGAUGAAAGACAGCAACGUUUCGAUCACAAUGUGUAUCGUGGGAUUCAUAGCUACAGAAAAUGCGUUGUCGUCAAUGGCUGUUGUUCGCGAUGGAGUGCCGCUACAGCGCUUGAUCGGAUCGGCGGCAAGUCCUUCCGACACCGCCCUCGAUAUCAUCAGAGGAGCUGCCAACCGCCAGAGGGAGCUCUACACACCGUUUCUUAAAACAUACACAACAUUAUUCAUCAAUAGCUUAUUUCCGAGCGCUAUAGACUACCUAAUCAGAGCUAUUUAUGCACAAUAACUUUAUAACUGGUCGGAAUCGACUACUUUAUCUGAAUUUUAUGUCCAUAUCAUUAUAAACCAUAUACACAUAUAUUUUGAUGUCAUCUGGAUGUAGUUACUAUACACGGUAGAAAUGGGCAUAAUGGUAGCUUCUUACAUGUGAUUCUAUAUUAUCUUCGCUCACUGUAAUCGUCAGUUUCCAAUGACGUUAUAGAUAUUUGUGUGACAGUGUUCAACAUGGAUAAUUUGUUCUGCAAUAUAUCACGUGUAUAAUCUGAUCAUGGCACACUCUCCAUUUAAGUCGUUAUAUAUCUUAUAGUACCACGUGAUAGACAGGUUUGAUGAACACGUAUGUAGUAACAAAUUCUAGAAAACUUUGUGGAUUAUGUACAGACGUAAGAUUUCCACUUGCAUUUUAUCAUAUUUUGUCUACUUUGCUUUCAUUCUCUCAUUUACCGGUGUGUAAGAUAGAACUGUCGAGGGUAAGAAAGGGGUGUAGGAAAUUUCUAUCUUACACCCCAAUUCACGUGACGUGACGUCACAAUGGUG